AUGUCAUUCGACAUAAACUGGAGCAAAUUGACCACAGACUCAAACAUCAAUGGUUCUAUAAAGGAGUUUUUACACGACCAGCUUCAGGGAUUGUCCUUGCCUUCCUACAUUUCAAAUCUCGAAGUUGUGGAUUUCAAUCUCGGCGAUAUCCCGCCUGAGAUCACGAUACGACAUAUUGGAGAUCCGUUUGAGGACUUUUACUGUAAUCGGGAAGACGGUGAGGAUGAGGACGGCGAUGGAGAUGCUGAUGGCGAAGGCGACACCGACGGCCAUGGCGAGAGCCAUGCUCAUAGCACAAUGAACAACACCACCAUACGUGAAGAAAAAGAUACCGAUGGGUCGUAUGAAGACGAUGACGAUUUCGAAGAUGAAGACGACGGUGAAGACAAAGACGACGACGAAGAUGCAGACGAAGAGGAUGAAAAAGAAGAAAUUUUGGACGACAAUGAAGACCAGGACCAAAUGAGUGCCGUUACCGAGGCCAUGAAUCUGACUGAUGUGAGCAAUGGCACUCCAACUCCACCCUUGGUAUCGUCUCCGCAGCGGCCUCCACUACGUCAAUCCCAUCUACCUCCGGCUCAUGCCCCGGGCGGUAACAAGUCGUUCAAGUCAGUGUUGCAUCCUUAUGGAAUGAGCAACAUGAGCGGCACCGGUGCUGGCACUGGCACUGGCGCAGUGGGGGGUGAUACGCCCGAUGCAUUGUUCAACAACUCGCGCGUUUCUUCACGCACGUUGAUCCCCAAGAUCAAGACCAAGGAUAAAGACGAACGGCCCCUUGUUGGCGAGAAUGACGUGCAAUUGAUUCUCGAAAUCAACUACAAGGGAGACCUCCACAUCGAUCUACUCGUGACUUUACUAGUCAACUAUCCCUCGCCCAACUUUAUUGCACUCCCGAUCAAGCUUCACAUUACUGAUUUAGUGGUCCAUUCGGUGGCCGCCUUGGCCUAUUUGCGGCAAUCGGUGUACUUCUCCUUUUUAUGCGAUGUCAAUGACGAAGUGGACUACAUGAGCGCGUCGUCUAACACCACUGCCGUUUCCACGCCCACUGUCGGAGGAGCAAAUUUCGUCGAUUACUAUUUUGGAAGCGGCGACGCUAGCACUAAGGAGAGAAUCGACAUCAUCAAAAAGAUCAAGAUUGAAAGUGAGAUUGGCGAAGUGGAAAAUAACAUAUUGCGCAAUGUUGGCAAAGUCGAGAAGUUUUUGACUGACCAGUUGAGGUACAUCUUGAGGGAAGAGAUUGCUUGGCCCAGUUGGAUCUCCAUCGACAUGAACGACGAUGAAGAGGAGGAAGAGGAAGGGGAAGAGGAAGAAGAAGAGGAGGCGUAA